AUGCGUGGUCCCCCCGUUGAGGCCGCCGCCCUUGGGAAGAGACACUUGUGUUUGCAGUGUUGCCGGUGCACGAACAUCUCCCUUCCAGCGUUAAAAGCCUUUAGAAGCGCAUUCUGGGGGCUGUGGAGCAGCAGAACAGCCACGGGGGUUGGUCAUUCAUUCCAACUACCGAAGAUUAGCUUCGAAGCCCUGGGCGUGCAGAAAAUCCAGACCGAUGGCUCCCGCUGUAGUAGGGCUGCAGCGGCCCCUGUCGCCACAGCAGGUGACGGGGUCCCUGCAAGCGUAGCAGACGCCGCAGAGCAAAGGCAAAAGCGCUCAUCAGGCACCCGAUGUCUGCCGCUACCCCUUGGCUAUCGGCUAAGCCUCCCAGAGAAGCUCCCGAAUGCCGUUCCUCUGCGUCGCCAGGGCUCUGCCAGCGUUUUCCAGGGGUAUCGGAGGCAGCACCUGCUGGGCACCGGCACGUACGCAGAGGUGUGGUGUGUGCAGCAGGAGGGAACCGGGCUGCUCUACGCUGCGAAGCUUCUGCAACCCAACAAAUUUUCAGUAGACACGGCUCCGAGAGUCUGUCAAAUGUUCGAAAAGGAGAUCGUGAACUUGGCCCUCUGCCAAUGCCCCGGGGUGGUAACGCUUUUUGAGGUGGUAGAAGGCGCGGAAGGCUGGCUUCUGGUGUUGGAGCUUGUGAACGGGGGAACUGUCUGGGCUGAAGACGUUUGUAGCAAUGAAAGCGAGGCCUUUUGCCUCUUUAUGCAGCUGCUACAGGCCAUUUUGCACAUUCAGGCGUGCAAGGUCAUCCACAGAGACCUCAAGCCCACCAACAUGCUCCUCACAAAAUCAAAGCGCGUUCUUAUUGCGGACUUUGGGUGGUCCGAGGCUGAAGAGGCCUGCAACACACAUUCACUGGAGUGGCCCGGGACUUUGGAAAUAAACCCUCCCGAAGUAUUGACGUUUCAGGGCCCGUGGACAGUGAAGAUAGACAACUAUGCGCUAACAGCAGCUGCACCAUCAGCAGCAGGACAGUGCACGAGCGAAGCAGCGGCGGUAUUAGCGACGGCCAGUGCAUCCGUACCUGCAUCUGAAGCGACACCCUUGGAGCUCAAGCAGCCAGAGGCGGAGGCAGGAGCGCCAAGGAAUGCUGCGACGGCAGUCCCAGUUGCACCGCCGCCCACAGUGAUGGUAGCUCAAACCACAGGCCAGCCAACUGGGGCCCCCCAGAAAGCCAAUCUGGGUGCCCCACACAUUCUGAGACGAGGACUCUCAGAGGUCAGCGAUUGUUCAACUGCAGAAUCUGUAGGGUUCAAUGCAUUGAUGCUCUUAGGGCAGCGCCAGCAGCAGCAGCAACAGCGGCAACAGCAGCAGCAACCCCUAACCGAUGCUGAUGCUUCAACUGGGCCGCCUCAGAGCUCGCGAGGGUCUCUUCACGCCACGGAACACCUGUUGGAAAAGCAACAAGGCCAGAAGUACCUAGUGACGCGGCAAACAGCUCAACAGCUACCUUGUAGAGUCUCCUCGCCCAGAGAUGUACGCCUUCACUCUCAGGAUUGCUCUACUAUUUUGGAGCUGCAACAAGCCAGGCAGCAGCAGCCCAGAGUCCCAUGGCUUGUUUUGGGGAAAGGCGACGACAGUUCCUCGGUGGAGCAAAAACCUAAGCAGGACAACACAAGUCCUAAAAGGAUUGCGAAAACCGAAAGCUUCGAUAAAGCAAGUAUGGCAGCAGAAGAAGCGACUGCCUUAGGAACAAAGCCAAGGGAUGCGCGUGAUACAACCGCAGUAACAGGAGCUCCAGAACACUCCUCAGUGGCUGCUUGUGCUCGUUGGAUUCGUUCGGGCUUGGGUGCUGUCGCUGCCUUAGCAACUCCCCGCUUAGUUCAGCGGCUUCCAGAGAGUCAGCCACGUCAGCAGUAUAACCAUCGGCAACACCAGGAGGACAAGGCCCACCAGCCGCAGCAUUGCGUGGUAGAGUCUAGAGGCUACUGGAGAGAAAGUGACUCUACUAGGACACUCGAGGCAACAUGGCAGAGAGCCAUCAAUGUAGCAGCUGCACUGCUGAUGAGUCUAAACAAUCAAGGAAAGAGGAUGGCUUCGCAUGCACCCCGCAGUUUAGGAGAUGGCAGCAACACGACAGCGAUGGGGCUGGGCCGCACAUGGGGGAGGCGUUGCGUCCGAGUAGGUCUUAGGCCGUCUGCUGCACAUACGAAGGCUCCGCUUACAGGAGGGGAAGUCACAGCAUCAGGCCCAAAGGGACUCGUAGUUGGCGGUAGGCCUCAAGUCGCUCGCAGUAUCUCCUCUAUUGAGAGUCCUGGAGAUCUGAGAGCUCUAGAAAGACUUGCCCCCCAGAAAUGUGAGGCCCUGAUAACUAUGCCCACCGGUAAGGAUGGAUGCCCGGAUGCCCCUCGCAACAGCAGUCCUAACAGUAGCACCAAAAAGUCUAAUUGCGAAAAAUCCGCGAGUGCGAGCAGCCCUAACCGCAGCAGUAGUUACAACUCCGAGGAAACUUCCACAUCAGACUGCAACACACCCAGGACGGAUCAUUUGGCUUCUCCUGCUUGCCAAGGUGGCAACGAAAAACAGCUUAAGAAUGUGCAACAACACCAUCAGCCUCUUAAGUUGUCUCCCACGGUGCCCCUGCUGCCACUCGGAGAUCUUCCCUUGUGCAGUUAUACCUCUACUGGAAGUGUCACGGACAGGGGACGCACCGGUGUUGGUGCUAUUUGCAUGGAGCGGCACGAAGAUGGAAUACAGACCACCUUCCAGAGGUCCUCUCGGACAGAAUCCCAUGUGGAAGCCCCGUGCGCACAAAACAUUAGGGGCCACAUCAGUAGUACGCCACCUCCAGCACAGAUUGUGAGCAACUGCAGCGCCAACGGCAGCUGUUGCGUCACCAACAGCAUGCAAUUGAGCCUGCAAAAUAAAGUUCAAGGUGAAGAGGUUUUCUGCACUCCCCGUGUUCCCAAAUGGGAUUAUGCGCGCGGGACGCACAGUGCCGCACGGUCAAUCCCGGGGCUUCCCGGUGGCGUCGACGGGCAAGCCACAGCUGCUGAAGCCCCUUGGCAGCAGCUUUCGAACGGCUUCCUUAGUGAAGCCCUCUUAAUAGCUCAGCAGCAGCAGCUGGAAAGACAGCAGAGGGAACUGCUGCAACAGCACAGAGAGCUACAGCUGCAACAACUCGAGAUCGAAUGCAAACGUAGAGAACGAGAAAAACAGCAGAAAGAACUGCAGGCACUGCAGGCCCAACUGUACCAAAAGCGUGCCAUGCGUCUCGUGCAACAGCAGCAACAGCAGCAGGUUGAGCAUCCACCUUGUCACAUUCAAAGAUCUCUGAGCGUAAAGCAAGCAGACGAGUUCGAGAAGCUACCAGAUUUUAUGGAUCCUGUCAGCGGCAGGAGUAUUCCUCUGAGGCCACUGAACACAUCAGAGGCCCAAGAGAGCAUUGAAGGGACUUUGCACCCUGCAGUAGAGGCCAAUUCCUUGGUUGAAGCAAAGUCUAAUGGCUCCUCAACCGUGAGCAAUACAGAGGCCUCACGUGUGCCGCAAAAGCAAGGGAUAAGUGUUCCCCGCCUUCGCAUUGCCCACGCAGUGGCACCAAACCUCUUGGCGGGUAUUGUCCCAGCAAUAGCAAGACAAGACACUGGCCGGUGCCGAUCCUUCCAAACAGUACACCCAACGGGCUUUGCUGCUGCCGCACCUGCAGACCCGGUGUCCUCUUCAGGAUGCAAUGUGACCUCUAGUGCAGCAGAAAUGACAGGCGCGGUAAUGGGCAGCCCUCGGGACACCCAGUCUUCCUUCUCAGGAGACGAACCGAUGAGGCAGCACACGGAUCCGUCAGUACCAGCAGCAGCGACAGCGGCAGUCUCCUUUUUACAAAACCUUGUCACUAACCCGCUACAGCGGUUACAGCAACUGCAGCACCAGACAGACCGCCAGACGCACCAAAAAAGCGCAGCGGUGGCGGCAGCAGCAAAGAUUGCCAAUUGCUUGAUCUCAGAACAGCCGCUCACCAAGUCUCACACACAGCAGCGGUCAGGAGAAAAUCUUCAGCAGCAAAAAUCCUAG